AUGGAUUUUCAUCCUCUAGCUGGACCUUCCCGAUUAGCCCUGCAGCCUCGAACCUCUGGAUCUAUAUGCCAAGCAAACGUAAACAUUGUGGGCUCCUCUCUAGUGUCCUCAGGCGCUAAAUUCUCUUCAUCGGUACUAUCAGGCGGUUCAGUGUGUCCUUCGGUCCGCCCCAGCCACCAACGUCAUCGACGAAUUCAUUCGCAGCCUGAGAUGCUAACCAGCUCCCAUUAUAGUGGCAUUCCACUCUCAGAUCUUCCGGCGGCCCUUCCUGGUCCUGUCACUUAUCGGGUAGGAGAGGAAGAAGAAGACGACGGGAAGCAAGAGCAUGAUCGCAUUGAUGAAGGCAGUGGAAGACAACAAGUUACAUUUGGGAAAUCUCGUAUCGGAGCUGGUGGAUGCUGGAGAAAAGUCCAGGGGACAUCGGCACUUGUGAACUCAAGUCCCAGCGAAUGGCUGCUUACAAAAAAAUCUAGACAAGGUUAUCCAGCUAAGGGGUAA